AAAUAUGCGAAAUCGAUUAUCUGGAAGCUCAUUCAAAAACCAAGCCCAACAACUUCCUCUCCAAUCCUCUCUUAUUUUCAAUAGGAAGCGUUCUUGCGAAUGUUUGGACUGUGGAUUACACAAUAAAAAAAUGCUCUAUGUAACAACAGUACUUCCAUAAUUUCAACCCUACCAACAUAUUAUAACAAAACUCAAGGAGCAAAAUGAAAAAUUGCAGUAAAGAAAGCGUAUGAAGAUGAGGAAUAAAAGACAUCUCAUUCAAAAAAAAACUAUCAUUGAUAUUAUGCAACAAUAAGAACAUCAACCAAAGAAACGACAAAAUAGACAUCACAAUACAGUCUUUUACAAUCAUUAGGCUAGUAUACCUAAUCCUUAAAGUCUUUAUCCGAUUGAGGCUGCUCAGACACCUUCAAAACCCAUUUCAAGAUCUUCUGUCUUUUUUCAUCGGUACAAUUCAUUAUCCCCUCGAAAACACCUUACUGAUAAAAAAAAUUCGAAGGUUUAGUCGUUCUCUUAGAGACUUAAAACAUUCUAUUUACCAAUUACAGCACCUUUUGAAUCACAACUUAUAUUCAGAUUAGAAUUAGUGGAAGAUGGCAAAAUCAAAUUAAUCAAGCAAAUUGGUUCCUAAGAUGAUUUCAACAUCAAUCUCAGACUCAAUAAAUUUGAAGAAGACGAUAAGAAGAAUGAUGACUAAUCUCCAUAAAAUAUUGCUAAUCUUCCUACUUUGCAAUAAGAAGAUGACGAAGAAGAUGAUUAAUCAGACGAUGAAAACAUAGUUAAUAUUAAAUAAUUAACUACUUCAAAUCCAAAAUAAGCAUAUAAAAAUAUUUUGAAAUACAAUCCUAGAACUCUUCAAAGUUUGGUUGAUAAAUCAUAAUUAGGAUAGAGCAAAAUUAAAGAUAUUAAGAUAGCAUGUCCAAAAUAUCUGAACUAAAAUCAUGUAGAGCAUUUUCAAACAUCAAUUACAAAUAAUCUGUCUCCUGUCAAUAAUACUAUUAGCAGAUGUUCACCGAUACCAUCAAUUAAAUUAUUGGAAGAAAAAAGAAAAAAACCUAAAAUUAAGCUUCUACCAUUAGAAAUUAAACCAUUUUCACAAAUCACACUCACUAAUAUUUCCCCAACAACAUUAUCUAGAAAUAAGCCAAGUCCAAAAAAAACUAAUUAAAGAAAUAUUUUUAAUGCUCCCAGAAAAAAACACUAAAAAAACAUUACUUUUGGAUAGUUGUUGAUCAAAGUUUGA